GAUGAGAUUUAUCAUCACAAACUGUCUAACAGAGAGAAGGGGUCGCCCACUUGACAAUCUUAAAAACCUAAGAAAUCCCUGAUCCCUCUCUUUCCGAAGAAUAGAAGAGAUCGGGUAAUGGCGGUGGAGAAUUCAAGUUCGAAAUCGUCUUCAACGGCUGAUUCUUACGUAGGGAGCUUAAUAAGCUUGACUUCAAAGAGUGAGAUCAGAUACGAGGGCGUUCUCUACAACAUCAACCCCGACGAGUCCAGUAUCGGACUAAGAAACGUUCGAUCGUUUGGAACUGAAGGAAGGAAAAAGGAUGGCCCCCAAGUGCCCCCAAGUGAUAAAGUUUACGAGUACAUAUUGUUCCGUGGAAGUGACAUUAAGGAUUUACAGGUUAAAUCUUCACCACCUGCACAACCUGCAGGUCCUGCACCACCCAUAAUCAAUGAUCCCGCAAUUAUCCAGUCUCACUUUGCAUCCCCAGUUUCCACAAUUGCUAGCAUGCCAUCUGCUGCUACUGGACCUUUGACCGAUCUUACUCCACACACUACUCAAAUGGGAUUAGCGGGGUCAAAUUUUCAGGCGGCAUUACCUCUAUAUCAACCUGGAGGAAACAUGGGAUCAUGGGGGGUAUCGCCUCCACCUCCCGCUAUUAAUGGUGGUGGGCUUGCUAUGCCAAUGUAUUGGCAAGGAUACUAUGCCCCCCCAAAUGGGCUUCCGCAUUUGCAUCAGCAAUCUUUGCUUCGGCCGUCUCCAGGACUGUUAGUGCCUCCUUCCUUGCAGCAACCAUUACAAUAUCCUAAUUUUCACGCUCCUUUGCCUGCUGGCCCUGCUAACUUACAUAGUUCAAGCUUGCCUGAUAUUCCUACUCCUUUACCUCCUUCUAGGACAAGUUCCCUUCCUUUAGCUUCUUCUUUAUCAUCCUCUACUUUUCCUUCUGCUCUGCCUCUUGCACCCUCUGCUCCACUGGCAUCAGAACCCUUGCCUGCUUCAUUGCCAAACAAAGCUUUAAGUCCUGCACUUCCUCCAGCUACACUUGGUGCUAGCUUGCCAGCACAUUCUCCUUUGACGAGUUCUGGUCCAGAAUUAAAUUCCAUCGUACCAUCAAUUGCCAACAAACAAAGUGAAAUCCCUACUUUGCCGUAUCAAAGUGCCUCUCAAGCUGCAUCCUCUGUUAUUGGGGCUUCAAAUUCUAGUCGUGUAGAAACAUCUGUACCUUCAUUGGUAACCCCUGGUCAGUUCUUGCGGUCAGGAUCUACUGUUGUUCCUUCAUCUCAGCCUGCGGCAACUACGCAUAAAGAUGUGGAAGUGGUUCAAAUGUCCUCAUCAUUAUCUCCUGAACCAUCAGCACCUGUUGUCUCAGAAGCUCAGCCUCCAAUAUUGCCAUUACCUGUUUCUUCCCAUAUUGCCCGAAAGCCAAAUGGAGCUUCCUUUCAAUCUCGCCAUGGUUAUAGAGGACAUGAAAGAGGAAGAGGAAGGGGAAGAGGAGCUGGGAGUUCGCGCCCGGUGACAAAAUUUACUGAAGACUUUGAUUUCGAAGCAAUGAAUGAGAAAUUUAAGAAAGAUGAAGUAUGGGGUUAUCUUGGUAACAGUAGCAAAUCUCAUUCUAAGGAUAAAGAAGGGGAUGCUAGUGACGAAGAUGGCUAUCAAGAUGAAGAUGACACUGAGAUAUCUAAGAUUCAAGUCAAGCCUGUCUACUAUAAGGAUGAAUUUUUUGAUACUCUCUCCUCUAAUACACGUGCAAAUGACUCACAAAACGGAAAGCCGAGAUUCUACGAACAAAUGAAAUUAGACACAGAGACUUUUGGUGAAUUUUCAAGAUACCGAGGUGGUCGUGGUGGACGAGGCGGCCGCGGACCUGGUGGUCGUUUUCGUGGCGGUUCUUAUGGAAGAGGAUACGGUGGAUAUGCGGGGAGUGGCCGUGGAUGAGCCAUGUCUAUCCUCCAUAGUUGUCCUUGGUGUUCAAAAUCUUUAAGGCUGUUUGGGAUGUCAUGUCAGAUUGCUUUCUUUUAUUUGGAAUGUUACAAUGCACAGUAGAACCCAUCUCGCAUGGCAAACAUCAGACUGAUCUAGGGCUAUGCUCAGGAUUUGUUCUCUUAUAAUAUUUCCAGAAAUAAAAGCAGGCAGUAUUUUUACUAUGUUCUA